AUGAUCGCCGGCUUUAUUUUGGGACUCGCCAAACUCGUAAAACUGUGUCUGGUAAUGCCCCGGUUCCGGGAUGCUCCCCCCAACCGUCCAAGGAACAAGUUGGAAAUCCAGCUGCCGAGGAUGAACGAGAGUGCAAGAUGCGAACGAUGCUUGAUCACCAUCUUGGGCGCUUUCCGGAGCCACUUGUCGCUCCAGAGCAGGAAUAUCAGACAAGCCAGGAUGAUCUCCAGCGAUCAGUCAAGCGCCCUGUCGCUUUCACGUGAGGCGUACUUUUCAGCAGAUGAACUGAUUCGAACAGCGACAAGCAACCAAUCUCGUCUCACGCCUUGA